AUGGCAGACAAACGCAGGAGGAAAAGCUUGAGCAUUUUCCGCCAGAAGGCGGACCAUGGGCCCACGAUACAAAUACCUGCAAGCCCGCUGCUGGAGAAGCGUUCCAGCGACUACCUGCCCAGUCCUGUGGACUCGGAUCCCUCGAGUCCCAAACCUCGCCCCAGGACGUUACAGAAAGCCAAUCGAACCUCUGUGUUUGGCUCCUUGCGCUCGCUUCACUCCCUCGACGAAGAAGAAAAGCUUACUCUGACGAGGUCCGACUCGAAGGCAUCAUCGUUCCAUGAGGAUCCCGACAUGAACGUAAAGGGACUCCUGGGCAGUAAAGUUCUCCAAUAUGGUGAAGUACACGCGGGCGGAGGCAACAUGUUUAGGAAAAGGACGCAGUUCAUGGUCCUCACCGAGUCCCAUCUCAUUCGUUUCAGGAGCCAGGUCAAAGCCGCCGAAAUGUUCCCCAGCAUCCCUAAUAGCCUCAACAGGGGACACACCCCCAGGACCUCGUCGGUGGGCUCCUAUCAAGAGCUACAAAUGUCGGCAUAUUCAGAAAUUACCUCGGGCGUCCCACUCGACCAGGUGGUUGCGGUGUACAAGAUUGACGAUGGACGCCCUACUCCUGUGGUAGAAGUGGCAUACCUUGAUGAACGUACAAGAAGAUCGUCCGCCAUACAAUUACAUUCGAACGAGAUGCGCGAGGCCGAGCUGUGGAUCGCGGCCAUCCGCUCAGCUUGCGAUCAGGCGAGGUCUCUCAUUGAGCAGCACAUCCAGGAUCGAACGGUAGAGCACCUCGCACGUGUCGUGGAGAGGGAGAGAGACUAUGACCCCGAGCACUUCCACGUCUUUGCCGUCAUUCAACGGCAUAUCAACAAGUCUACCGGAAGAGCAUCAGCUGAGGAUCUAACUCGACUUGGGUCUUCGGCACCCUGCUACCUCGUCAUUGGACUACACAAAGUUCACCUGGUGCCCCUACAGAAGUCUUCCACGCGAUCAUCGAGCACCUCGCUCAGCGAGCUGGAUGCCAUGACCUCCUAUUCUAUAGUUACCUUGACGUCGAUCAAGGUUGUGGCGGACGACGACGGUCUUCAAUUGACCUUCAAACCACCUACGGCACAUCCAUGCACUGUGCAACUAGCUUCAUAUUCCGCUGGGCAGAUUGCACUAUGGCUGAGGUCUGCUUCCGAAUAUCUUCGACCUGAAUGGCUAAGGCAGCCUUUUAUCUUUGAUGUUCCGCCAGAAAUUGAUGACCAGAUGAUUCCGCCGAACUUCCCCAAGGAGGAGCAUGACUGCUUUGACCGAACAUUAAUCGCAUACUGUGCGGGUUAUGAUGUGGACACAUCUCGCAUCUGCUAUUCUGUCGAUUAUGACUGUGAAGAUGCACCACGCUUUCAACUGCUUCCGCCGGCCAACGGAACCAACUAUUCCGCCUUGGAGUUACUCGCUGUAUUCCGAGCUUUACGGUACAAUGAGUCGUUCUCGUCAAUUUCCUUCGCACGAAUUAAUCUGUUACCGCUGCGUCUCUACUACGAUGGGUUCGGAUCGGACUUGGACAGUCUGUUUACGCGGUCGGGUAAUCCUACCAACAUUGCCGGCCACCAAGAGCUUCCCGUCCUAUCGCAAGAGAUCAGGGUAUUGGCGUUGAAAAGCCGGCGAUUGAGACGGCUAGAUUUCUCGCAUACCAUUCCACAGCAAACACUGGCGGGAAACGGGGAACCCCUCAGCUGUGGAAUCUUGGAAGCGCUGACGCCACUGUGCAAGAGGUCUUUGACCAACGUCGACUGGAUUGUUCUCACAGGUCUUCGACUGGCAGAUUCCGACUUGAACUAUCUCGUCGAUGCUGCCUCGGAAAGAAAAUGCCAUCUUCGAGCUCUUGAGAUUGGAGAGUGUGGUCUCUCGGUCCACGACAUUGACGUGCUUUUGUCCGCUUUGGCUGUCCAGGAGAGCACGGUCGAGGUCAUUGACAUAUCAGGGGCACAAGGCCGGUUCAGCCCGGAAUUGUUCCAGCGCGGCAUGGGCGCCUUUACCCGGAUUCGGCGCCUGAAUCUCACUCGAGUGCAGAAGACGGCUGGCCUGGAGCCUUUACUGCCGCCCGAGGUGCUUCUGGCGUGGCGACUUGAGGCAUUGUAUCUGUCACAGACCACCCUCAAUGAGCAGACGGUGGACUCGAUAUCUACAUAUCUGGCAACCUCAAAGUCUGACAUCCUCCGAGAGUUGCACGUCAAUCAAUGUGGUCUGACGGGAUACGAUCUUGCGACCUUCUUUCGGUCAAUGACUCGGGAGGACAUGGUGCCCCGAAUCAUGCACGUAAGUGCCAACGAGAAUCGGCUCAAGACAGGUAACACGAUCCUCUUUAGGACGAUUGCUCAAAAUUGUGGACCAACGUCACUGAGCUUACGAAUGAUGGAUUUUGAGAAAGAAAAUCACUUUCGCGAAUUGAUUAAUGCCUUGAAGGUGAAUACGACGUUACGAAGUUUGGAUAUAUCACGUGCUUCUUUACCGUAUGAUGCCAGCGUCGAGACCUGUGAGGCGCUGAAGGAAAUGUUUGCCACGAAUCGAACGCUGGAGGAGCUUGAUAUCAGCGGCGAGCACGCCCAUUUAGACACGACCCGCUUCGGCAUUGGCCUCAAUAUUGCGCUGAGAGGGCUGGAAAAGAACACUACCUUGAAGCUCCUGCGUAUCGAGUACCAGGCGCUGGGGUUGCAAGGCGCUAGCACGUUGGCCGAGGUGCUGGAGAAGAACGAGACACUGCUGGAAAUUCACUGCGAACACAACGACAUCAACCUGCAGAGUUUCACGGCGCUUGUCAAUGCGCUGGAGAAGAAUCAUACGUUGCUAUACAUGUCGACCAUGGACCACGAUAGAGCGAAAUCAAUGGAUAAAGUGCGCCGUGAGAUUGCAGCAGUGGACCGUGCAGACUCUCCCAAGACUCCCAAAAGCGGUGGCGGAGCAAUUAAGAAGGCUUUGACAGGAACAUUGACGGGCAAGGCACACGGACACGGGAAGGGACACGGACAUCGGCACAGCAGUUCGCUGUCUUCGACAGCGUCAUUUACGGAUCAAGACGUGACGGCAGUGAUGAGCACUUUGGAUGAAAAGUGGGACCUACAAGUCUCGAGGAUGCAAAAGUAUCUGUUUCGGAAUUACUGUCGCGCACAGGGUGUGCCUUGGGAAGAUGGUGCGGGUGACGAGGACAGCCAGCGAACCCCAGCUACAGCGGACAAUACGAUGGCGCAGAUCUUGCAGCGCGUCAAACUCGACCGAACGCCCACUGCGGCCCAACCGGAUGCCUUGGACUAUAUUGACGAGAAGCUGGGGAGAGACAGCGGCAGCGACAUGAUAUUCCAGAUCCCUGAGGAUUGA